UUCCGCUAAAUGCAGUGAUUCUAGGUCAGUUAAAGACGCUUCUAUUUUUGUCCAGUUAAUCCACUUUAAGAAUCUGCACACAUAGGUUUACGUGCCUAUGUGUCUGUGGGUCAGCUGCAGAGUGCUAAUACCUUCAGCAAAUUACACACCAAUCCACUCACUGUCCGCGGUGUAAGACACAGUUUUCCUCCAUAUCUUACUCACACUUUGAGUCAACACUCUCAGCCUCUCUCAUCACUCUCACAACAUUCUCGUCACAAGAGUUUUGGAUAUAUUUCAUAUUUAGAUAGACACAGAAGAAGGUUUCUUCAUGAGUGCAAGCAAGGGGAUUGGAUCAGUUAUCCAGUUGGACAGCAACACCAGCUUCCUGCGGGCAGCUAGAGCAGGAAACAUUGAGAAGGUUGUGGAAUAUCUGAAAGGAGGAGUGGACAUACGCACAUGUAAUCAGAAUGGACUAAAUGCCUUGCACCUGGCAGCCAAAGAGGGGCACAUGAACCUGGUCCUCGAGCUUCUGGAUAGAGGAGCUGUAGUGGAUGCUGCUACUAAGAAAGGAAACACUGCCCUUCACAUCUCCUCUUUGGCAGGUCAGGCUGAGGUUGCAAAGACUUUAGUCAUCAACGGCGCAGACAUCAACGCACAGUCUCAGAAUGGAUUUACUCCACUCUACAUGGCAGCUCAGGAGAACCACAUUGAUGUGGUUCGAUACCUGUUGGAAAAUGGAGGCAAUCAGAGCACAGCCACGGAGGAUGGCUUCACUCCUUUGGCCAUUGCCCUUCAGCAGGGACACAACCAGGUGGUUUCUAUCUUACUGGAGAAUGAUACUAAAGGAAAAGUCCGUUUGCCUGCUCUGCACAUCGCAGCCCGCAAAGAUGAUACGAAAUCUGCUGCACUGCUCCUUCAAAAUGACCACAAUGCAGACAUUCAGUCUAAGAUGAUGGUUAAUAGGACGACUGAGCCACUAUUAUCGAAACAGUUUUGUACACAACUUUCAUGCACAAAAUCGGACCUUCAUUGUCAGAAUGGUAAGAGUGGAUUUACGCCUCUGCACAUCGCUGCUCACUAUGGGAAUGUGAAUGUGGCGACCUUGUUACUGAACCGGGGAGCAGCUGUUGACUUCUCAGCAAGGAAUGGUAUCACGCCACUCCAUGUGGCCUCCAAACGUGGCAACACAAACAUGGUGCGUUUGCUACUUGACCGAGGGUCACAAAUUGAUGCGAAAACCAGAGAUGGACUGACCCCGCUCCAUUGUGCAUCGAGAAGUGGCCACAGCAUGGUGGUGGAGUUGCUGCUAGAGAGAGAAGCCCCACUGUUUGCAAGAACGAAGAAUGGCCUUUCGGCUCUUCACAUGGCAGCACAGGGGGACCACGUUGAAUGUGUCAAACACAUUCUGAAAAAGGCACCUGUUGAUGAUGUCACCCUGGAUUAUCUGACAGCGUUGCAUGUAUCUGCCCACUGUGGCCACUACAGAGUCACCAAGCUUCUGCUGGACAAGAUGGCCAAUCCAAAUGCCAGGGCUCUGAAUGGGUUUACGCCUCUUCAUAUUGCCUGUAAGAAGAACCGUGUGAAGGUGAUGGAGUUGCUGGUGAAAUACGGAGCAUCAAUUCAAGCGAUUACAGAGUCUGGGUUAACUCCCAUUCAUGUAGCAGCCUUCAUGGGUCAUUUGAACAUCGUUCUGCUGCUGCUGCAACAUGGAGCCUCACCUGACGCCAGCAACAUUCGUGGUGAAACAUCUGUGCAUAUGGCAGCAAGGGCUGGUCAGGUGGAGGUAGUCCGAUGUCUUUUGAGGAAUGGCGCGCAGGUGGAUGCCACAGCUCGGGAGAACCAAACUCCACUUCACAUCGCGUCCCGUCUAGGAAAAGCUGAUAUUGUUCAGCUGUUACUGCAACAUAUGGCCAACCCUGAUGCUGCCACGGCCAACGGCUACACAGCGCUCCACAUCACAGCUAGAGAGGGUCAAGUUGGAACAGCCUUAGUUCUACUGGAGGCUGGAGCAUCCCACUCUCUUGCAACCAAGAAAGGUUUCACUCCACUUCAUAUUGCAGCAAAAUAUGGUAGCCUGGAUGUUGCAGAACUUUUGCUGCAGUGCUGUGCUGCGUCAGAUUCUGCUGGGAAGAGUGGCCUUACUCCACUCCAUGUUGCUGCACAUUAUGAUAACCAAAGGGUGGCACUACUGCUUUUGGACAAGGGAGCAUCCCCUCACGCAAUGGCAAAGAAUGGCUACACACCACUCCACAUUGCUGCCAAAAAGAACCAAAUGGAAAUAGCCACAGUUCUCGUGAAGUAUGGAGCGGAGACCAACAUCCAGACCAAGCAGGGAGUCACUCCACUCCACCUAGCCUCCGAGCAAGGUCAUGAUCACAUGGCUUCUCUUCUGUUAAGCAAUGGUGCUCAAGUCAAUAUCCCCACAAAGGUUAUGUAUCGACGCAAGUCGACAUGCAACGUGACUGAACUAUUGAUUAACACAAUUCCUGUGUUCCUACAGAGUGGCCUCACCGCCCUUCAUCUGGCUGCCCAAGAGGAGAAAGUUGCCGUUGCAAAGAUUUUAGUUUCAUAUGGUGCAAAUAUCAAUGAGCCAACAAAGCUGCAAUACUCUCCUUUGAUUGUUGCCAGUCACUAUGGAAAUGUCAAGAUGGUCAACUUCUUACUUCAGAAGGGAGCGGAUGUUUUAGCCAAGACCAAGAACGGUUACACCGCUCUUCAUCAGGCUGCGCAACAGGGAAACACACAUAUCAUCAAUGUCCUUUUACAAUAUGGUGCCAAACCCGAUGCUGUGACAGCGAAUGGUAACACUGCUUUGGGCAUAGCAAGAAGGCUGGGAUAUAUCUCUGUAGUGGACACACUAAGGGUCAUCACCGAGGAGACCAUCACUACCACCACGACAGUGACAGAGAAACACAAACUGAACGUUCCCGAAACAAUGACAGAAGUACUUGAUGUAUCCGAUGAAGAAGGUGAUGACACAAUAACAGGAGAUGGAAGGGAUUAUCUUAGAGCAGAAGACCUGCAGGAGCUUGGAGAUGAUUCACUGCCAGGGCAAUAUGGCAUGAACUACCUUCAUUUCAACCCGCUGGGCGUGUACACUGAGAGUCACCAAGGACCUUGCAGACCGUCCACAAAGAGAGAUGGCGUCUUGGAUGACAUGAUCACAUCUCACCAUGAGGAAAGGAACUCAUACGAUGUGGGCUGUGGCACUGAGAACCCAGACAAUGUGGUUUUAUCCUUGAGUCCAGUGAGUACUGGCUUUCUUGUGAGCUUCAUGGUUGAUGCCCGAGGUGGAGCCAUGUGUGGCUGCCGUCAAAAUGGCUUACGCAUCAUCAUACCACCCAAAAAAUGCAGUGCCCCCACUCGGGUAACUUGCCGACUGGUGAAGAGACACCGUCUGGCCACCAUGCCCCCCAUGUUAAAGGGGGACAGUCUGUCAAGCCGACUCGUUGAAGUGGGGACCUCUGGGCCCAAGUUUUUAGGCAAACUUCAUCUGCCAAGCACACCCCCACCCCUUAAUGAGGGGGAGAGUUUGGUUAGCCGGAUUCUCCAGCUUGGUCCACCUGGGACUAAAUUCCUUGGUCCUGUAGUUGUGGAAAUCCCCCACUUUGCUUCAUUGCGGGGAAAAGAACGAGAGCUCGUCAUCCUGAGGAGUGACACAGGAGAGAGCUGGAAGGAGCAUCACAGCGAACACACUCAUGAAGAACUUCAUUUGAUGCUGAAAGGAAUGAAUCUGGAACUGGACAAGCCUGACUCUUUGCAGAGAAAGCGUAUAUGCAUUAUUGUCACCAGGGAUUUUCCACAGUACUUUGCUGUUGUUUCCCGUGUCAAACAAGACUGCAGUUUCAUUGGUCCCGAAGGGGGUGUACUGAGCAGCUCAGUUGUACCCAAGGUGCAAGCAGUCUUCCCAGCUGGUGCCCUCACCAAGCGGAUUAAAGUGGGAUUGCAGGCACAGCCAGCAAAUAAAGACUUAGUCCAGAAGGUCUUAGGAAACAAGGCUAUCCUCAGCCCCAUCGUUACUCUGGAGCCCCGGAGAAGGAAGUUCCAUAAACCCAUCUCCAUGACCAUUCCUGUGCCAAAGAGCAGCUCUGAUCAAGGAUGCAAAGAUUAUGUUGGGGAAAGGCCAACUUUACGACUGCUAUGCAGCAUUACAGGUGGCACCACCCCGGCUCAGUGGGAGGAUAUAACAGGCACCACACCUUUGACAUUUGUCAAUGACUGCAUUUCUUUCACCACUAAUGUUUCAGCCAGAUUCUGGCUCAUAGAUUGUCGGCAGGUCCUGGAGUCAGUCACCUACGCCACCCAAGUCUACAGGAAGGUUAUCUGUGUUCCAUAUAUGGCCAGGUUUGUUGUAUUUGCAAAGAUCCAUGACUCCAUUGAAGCCAGGCUGCGAUGCUUCUGCGUGACAGAUGACAAGAUUGAUAAAACACUAGAGCAUCAGGAGAACUUCGCAGAGGUAGCCCGCAGCCGAGAGGUUGAGGUUCUAGAGGGAGAGCCAAUCUAUGCAGACUGUUUUGGCAAUCUGGUGCCUCUAACCAAAAGUGGGCAACAUCACCUUUUCAACUUCUUUGCCUUUAAAGAAAACAGACUUGCACUAUUUGUCAAAGUGCGAGACAAUAUUCAAGAGCCUUGUGGACGUUUAUGCUUCACCAAAGAACCAAGGAAUCGGUCACCAACAGGCAAUUCCAUUUGCAACCUUAAUAUCAACCUCGAUUCUCGUUGUCAGGACCCAGAUUCAGACCAGCUGGAUGAGACAAGGAGAACCCAAGUCAAAUAUGAAGACUCCAUGACAUCAGUCCACCAUGACCCAGAUCUUCUAUCUGACUUAUCAAAGAUGAAACAGGAUCUGAUUAAAAUGAGUGCCAUCUUGACGGCAGAGUCCACAGAAAAGUUCCAUACCUUGCAGGGUCCUGCUUUGGUGGGAGGAUCUGUAGAGGUUUCUGAAGAACCAUUAGAAAUAAUGGAGAAGGACUUAGAACAAGUAAAAGAGGACCUUGAGAAAGUCAGCAAGAUCCUCAGGAGCGGAAGCUUUGAAAGUGGCACAUCCAGUAGAGGAAAUGAUUGCACCUACAUCUCAAACAGUGACAGUGACAAACCGAUCUUGCUUGGAAGCCAUCCCAAAUUUGUGACCACAAGACUGAAAGAUGUUAAGGAAAUUGAUGAGCUUCAAGAGUGCCGCAUAGAUGCAAAAUUUAAAGUGAAGAAAAAUUCUCAGACUGAAAAUCUAAAGCCACAAGUACAAUCACAUGUUAAAAGCAACGCAAAUGCUUGCAAUGUCAAAAAGCAAGCAAGGAAGGGGAACUCAACCCACUCUGCAAACGCUUAUAUGGUAAAGCCAGAGCAAAGCCCAGAGUUACAUGUAUCCCCAAAUGUUGAAGUGACACCUAUUGGCUCAACAAAAGACACAGUCAAAGCCUUACAGGUGAAAAUGGAAAACGAGCAAUGGCAAAAAAAAACGAUGGUAAUUGGGGGUAAGCAUGUUUCAUGUAAACCACGUACAACCAAUGAAAGCACUAUAUUAAAACAAACUCUAGCAAAAACGACAAAAGUUGGUGAGAAACACAGCCCAACCCAAACCAUGUCUGUAAAAGCAAUCAUACAAGCAUUCCAAGCACCUCAGGUAUCCUCAAAGAACAAAUUUGUGCCAUGUGAACUUAAAACCUCUACGACUGAAGCAACUUCUGAUGUCUCCUUGUUAGUGCCUGUCUUUGAGUCUGAGGUUUUGUCAUAUGAUAUUAUACCACUAGAGAUAGAGAAUGUCCAGUCAAUAAGUCAUGAAGUUUUUGAAAUGAAAUCAGUGCCAAGUGAAACUGCAGAUACCUGCACUUCUGUCUUGGAUGAAGGCUCAGUGAGUGCCAAGGAUGAGGAUGCAGCAAAGUCCUUUGGUACCAGUUCUGGACAUUGUGGAGUACAUUCACCGUGCUCAGACAGUUACAAAGAAAAUACACAGGCUACAUCCCCACACAGUGCCAGCAUUUCCAGUCAAAUUGGACAAAAAAAGAAAGACAGUGGAGGGUCAGAAGCUCCCUUGCUAGUAACACCUUGCCACACAUUAGUGACAGAAUUCACCAAACAAAUCACACUGACCAAAGCUGAUGAUGAGAAUGGGCGCGAGUCUCCAUCUGCCAUAUAUGUUAAACCCAAUUUGUCCGGGUCAAUCAAAGUUAUUGAGAGAGUUUCUGACACUUUGGACUCUUCUUUUUGCGAUGAUGAUUGGCAGGUUUCUGCUUCCUCUUCAGUACAAUUCAAGUUGCCUUUACAUCAAGAUUCAGACUCGCUCAGCGAUCGUGCUGAUCAUUCCAUGACUAUAAGUCUGAAAGACUCCCUCGAUGGUAGUCCACUCAUGGAAGAAAGCUCUUCUUAUAAGUCACCAGACUCAAUUGAACCAAGCCCAACCAAAGACUCUCCUCCCCAUGACUCCUUAGAAAACAGUCCUCAUGAGAAAAUUGUCCCGUCCCCUUUCCCAUCCAUCCUUUCUGAUCCAUCCAAAACAAUUGUCAAGCCUCAGGAUGCAGUACAAGAUAACCUGGACAACAAUGAUGCUCAGUUCAUAUCUGAGGAGAAAAUGUUGGCUAUAGCUGAACAAUUUAGUGAACAAGAAUCAGAAAAUAAAUGUAAUGAUGAAAGUGACACAGAAACUGAUGGAACAGAAUUACUGCAGCCCAUCCAUGAAUGUGCUUUGUCAAUUGACUGUGAGAUGAAUAUACCUAGUGAGGAUGUAGGGAUAGUUCAUUGUGUUUCCACCUCAAUUUAUACACAACAUACCUCUCCCUUUUCAGCAGGUCUGCACGAAGAGUCACGCAAAAAGGAAGUCGACAAACACGCAGCAGCAUAUAUCACUUCAGGGGAACCUCACGUUCAGCAAACUGAAGUAAAAACCCAUUCAGAAGAGGCAGAGGAUGAACAGUUAGAUGUAAUUGUCAUCAAUGAAAACAGGUUGAGCAUGCAUAUCGGACAUAGUUUAUGGAAGACGCGAGAAACCAUUGAAGAUGGUAGAGAGUUGCUGGUCAACAAUAUUGAUAAAACAAUUUGCAAUAUAUCAGAUGAAAAACAAGAAGAGACAAAGAGGCCAAAACCCAUUGAGAAUAGUGCAAAAGAACAAAAUAUCCAGACAGAAUCCAGGGGAGUAACUGCAGUGAUUUCUGCUGAUUUUGUACCCUGUGCGACACAAGAUGAGCUGAGGGAUCUAAAUCUGGCCUUAGGCGAUGGGUCUUUGGAAAUAACUCCACAGACAACACCUGGUAGAACACCAACAGAAGAAAGCACACCCAAUAGCGAACCCAGCUCUUUUCUUUUUCAGGAAGGAAAACUUUUCGAAAUGACACGAAGUGGUGCUAUUGAUAUGACAAAAAGAAAUUAUGAGGAAGAGGGCCCUGGGUUUGCUUUUUUCCAAAUAGGUGAACAGCCUUUUGAAGAGAUUCAAGAUAACGAACAAGCAGUGAGAAGUGCAGCUUCACCUCCUCAAGUUGGUCUUAAUUUGACAUUACAGUUCAAAGAACAAGAGCAUGACAACCUAAAGAGAAAAACUACUUCUCAACCUGUGGUUGAUGUUGAUAUACCCUGUAAAAGGGAGGCCUCUGAAUGCAAGAUGCCUGAAAUGUGUAAUUUUGGCACAGGGAGUAGUAUAACCCUCAAUCAGAUAACUACGAGGGAUGGCGCAGUUGAGAUAAAUGCCUUUGAAAGUUCCUAUGAAAGCAUAAUAGAACACAUUCAUACAACAGAAACAACUGUUGUACGAGCUCUUCCUCCUGAGCACUCCCUGGAAGAGGCACAAGCAGCUGUACAGGCCUCUACACCACUAGGUAUGCCCAAGCAAAGCACUUCAUGUGGCACAACAAAGAUCCCUGACAAAAUACAAGCAAAGUCUGUUUAUCACUCAAGAGCUAAUUACACAAAUGCCUCCCCAUCAAAGAAGGACAGCUCCUCCGGUGCAGUCUCCAAAUCUAAAAUUCCAAUCAAGGUCAACUAUGCCAAACCUGAUCUCCAUAUUAAGUGUAGCGAAUCAAAACAACACAAAAAGGAUAAGGCAGCUAUAAAAAUGGACACAAGGAGAAAAUCUGUGACCGAAGAAGGUUCCGCUCUGGACGUCAAAACCAAAACAUUAUCGAGCAAAUCUCAAAGUUUCUGCAAAGAGGACUUAACAAAAUCAAGUCCCACCAAAAGCACUGGCUCUCCGACUACCGUACAUUCCACCUCAUCCAGACGUUUUCAGUCAAAGCUACCACUCCGUCACAAAAGCGUACUGUCAGCGACUUCACAGACACCUCCGAAGCACAGCAGUGAUUUCCUCAAACAAAAUAGUUUCUCCAUGGAGGAGAUCAGUGGCAAAGAACAGCUCACCCUGGCAAAAACAGAGCAUGAACUUCUGAAAACAGGUGCCCAUUCUGGACUCAUUGACACAUCAUUCUUAGUGAGCGACUCUUGCUCCAAGGCACAAGACACAUCUUCAGGAGACAUUUUUCCUUCAAGGGUGGUGCAGUAUCCUUCUAAGCCCCAGAUGCAUCAAAUCCCAGAUGACAAAGUCCAAAGUCAAGCUCUAUAUGGCAAGAGUGCACAGUCGGGAUCUUCUGUCACAAUUAUUCCAGAUGAAGAAGUGCAAUCUAGUUUGUUGUGUCUUCAACAAACAGCAGCACCAUCAGCAACAGAUGUUACACCCACAGAUUGUCUUAACAAUAUCCAACUUGGAAGUCUUCAAGUGCACAGUGAACCAAAACACACACCAAAGGCUGGAUGUGAGGAAUUCAAUGAUUUGGUGCCUGAGGAAGGUGCUACACUAAAUCCAGAUGUCUAAGUCUUGGAUCCAGAAGACUUCAGUGGUGAGGGAUGUCAUUGCUGUCAUGAGUACGUAUACUUGAAGAAAAUUGAUGACAUCCCAGCCUGGAUAACUGCAUACAUCAGUGUUGACAUGAAUUACUCAAUUACCACACUGAGCAGAAGGGAUAUGGAGGAGACUAAGAGGAUGAACUUACAUCCUGCUUCCCGUCAAUGACCUUCCUACGAACUCUUCAUGAUUCUGUUUUGUACACCUGUGUAUGAAAGUAUAUCCUCUUUGUCACCUGUGACAUGAAAGAGCCAAAGUGCGCUUGUUUAUGUCAAUGUCUUUAUAUUCUGUCUUGUGCAGUUACCUCUAACACAAUGGUGUUUGUGUACCAACAGAAUGUUUGGUUUUGUAGGUUUGGAUUGUCAAUUUCACACUCUCUGUGUGUGCCACUUAUCAGACGUUUUUGUUUGUUGUUUGUUUUUCCCAACAGACUGUGAUCAAAACCAAACUAAUUAUAACUUGUGUUGCUGUGUUAAUGCGAAUAAACUCACCACAUAUCAGAUCUCAUUUGAUCACUCCAGACACAUUUACUAAGAACUUUUUAACAUCUGUACUUCUGUGGCAAAUGGGUUAAGAUGCAUGUUUUUGUAUAAAGAUAUACUCAAAUUCAUAUUUAAGUCACUAAGAUGAAUGUGGACGUUUUCUUUUUUUUUAAUUGUGAUAUAUUUAAUUUUCCAAGAAAUGCACCACAAGUGGUUAAAUGUAACAUAGUUUUGGGUGCGUGUUUUAAACACAAACUGUACAAUGCCACUGUUAAUACGCUUUUACAUAAAAUGGGUGGUGCGUAUUGUUAGUGAUGUGAUUGUAGUGUUUUGUUUAGUUUUUUUCCUAAUAAAGUUAACAACAUAUUUAAACAUAUGUACAUUACAUUUAUUUUAUCUUCCUGCAUUCAGAAGGGUUAAAACUCUUGGCUGAGUUUAUCAUUUUAAAGUUUUGUGGUGGGUCAUUGUUGACCUGAAGAUGUCGUUGUAUGAUGGAAGGGAGAUAUCCAAGUUCCAUGUCAGACCCACUAACAUUCUAUCCUGAAUGAGGCUAGGUUUGAGACCACUCACAUUUCCUUUUGGCUGCGGAAGCUGGCUCACUUGCGUGCCAUUCUGGUCUCUGCACGUUGUCAUGAUGCAAAUUAUGUGUUCCAUUGACCAAGAUGUAGUAGGUAUUUGUGGACAGUAGUGUUACGAUAAUAAAAGUUAUGACAAGAAUUAUAAUGUUUAAGGGGCUUAACAUUGUCCCCAACACUGUAUGGUUUGAGGACAAGGCAAUGGCAAUUGUUGUCCUCCAUUGUGUGAAUCCUUAUCAUGGACUGUGUCCUGCCCCUCUGACAGGUUCCUCUGUUUCACUCAGUUUUGCAUCUGAUUUUUCAGUCUUGACUAGCUCCCCGUUGCUCUUUCAUGUGUUUUGCUCAAUGCAAUACAUCAUCACUCCCAUGAUAUAAUACAUCAGGGGUCAGGAACCUAUGGCUAUGCAUAAACAACCAAAAUGGAAGGCUGCCAUUGGCACCUCUUCUCACGUCACUAUAUAAAGUUUUUUUGCCAUAAUCAUUGCAUACAGAGGAUUGAAAUGUAAUUAAUCGGCGGCCAAAUGCUGUGAUAUAUGCAACAUUAAACCAUGGAUAAAAUAUAACAUUAACAACACAACAACAAAAACAUAAGUGUCAAAUAAACAAUGAUCGUUGACAGAUGACAACGAGAGUACAAACAAUUAAAGUGCAACUUGGAGUGCAACAGUGGGUGGAGAGUUCAGCUUCCUGAUGGCCUGGCGGAUGAAGUUGUCCUGCAUUCGGUGGGCCCACAAACUUCACAGUCUUCCCUCCUGAUGGUAGCAGAAAAAAAAACGUUUCACAACAGAAUCGGCCAAACCCCUCAUGGCCCAAACACUCCGAUUGCAGACGCUACACACUCCUUGUCCAGUAACUCCUGCAGGAAACCCAAGACACUGCAACUAUUCCUUUUUCUUUGCACCAGUAGAAACUACAGAUUCAGUUAACCCCAGCUUUCCAAGAUGGAAAAUUUUGAGGAGCUGCAAGAGAGAAAAAAUGCAAAAAAGACGUGGAGAAAAGCGUGGCGGACUGCACGGCAAGUUAAGCAUGCAUUUGUGAUGAUGUGACUACGGUUGUAAACUUUUAUUUCAGCAUUUACUGCUACGUUUUACCGUUCUUAAAUUCCUGUUGCAGUUAGUGAAAUGCUGGUUUACGCGUAUGUCUUUUUAUUUUAUGGAAGUGAGGACCGAGGAAUGUUGCUGUGACGUAUUUGAAGCAGGGGACUCAAACACAAACUGGGAAUCAGAGUUCGAUAUUUAAUUGUGCAGUAAACAAGGAGUCGGCCUCUGGUGCCAUGGUGGCGAUCCCAGACGAGUGGCUGGUGAGGGUCCAGGAGUCCAGUGGUUGAUGCAGGCUGUAGAGUUGUUCUGUGGUAAUUUACAAUGUAUUGAGACGAACUUUUGUUUGUUUGUGA